AAAUAUAUAUUUCAAAAUAAAGAAGAAGAAAGAAAAUGGACCGGCGCCUGUGAACUCGCCGGCGGCGGCGGUGUGGUCACAUGAGUCGACGUCUCGCGGAUGAAAGUUGGAGCGAGAGACGCGCAGUGCUGUACAUCAACCCAUAGAGGACACACCUACCCCCCUCUCUUUUUUCUCUCUCUCUCUCUCUCUUCUUUUUUUUCUCUUCCUUCCUCUACUGAUCCGCAGAUCCACGUCUCCGCUGGUAAUCGCUCCCACUGAGCCACAGCGCGAGGGACCGUGUUCCGUGUGCGCGGACCUGCUCAGUGCGCAGCGGCGAGCGGACAAAGUUUCCUGCGGGACGAACAUUUCUCCGCGCGGUUUUAUUUUUCACUCCGCGUCAGACCCGGGUCCGAGGGUUCGAGUUGCGCAGGGGAGCAGGCGACAAGUUUCACAUGGACAGUUACUGGGAGACGGCUGGCGCAACAAGCAUGGGAUUAUUUCUGUAAUGUGGAUUGCAACCGCCUUGCAGGAAAACACAGGUCCGCUGCGGAACAAUGUGAGACGUUAUGCGUCUUGGAUUUUCGUGUUUCUGGAUAUCUUGAAAAGCAUUGGCAACAGUUGAGAAGGAAGAAGUUAUGCGCAAAGGAUUUUACCCUCCAACCCCUGGACCAGCAUGGAUUUGCCAUUACAACCCCCUUCCCCCUAUUUAGAGAAGUUGUAGCCGGUCCACUUGUGUCAUUGUACUUGUUGUAAACUUCAUGUUCGAGAGCAAAUCGCCUCAUCGGCCGCUUGGAUUUUAAAACGUCGCCUGCCUUUGGAUUGGAUUUCCAACACCAUGAACUUUAUUGACAGUUUGACACUACUAUUUUUGACGCUGUCAGCUGUCAAGAGUGCCCACAUACCGAAGAACACAGCAAGAGGUCCACAUGACGUGAUCCCUUUAAUGGAGGUGUACAACAAGAGCAUGUGCCAGCCUCGGGAGCAGCUGGUGGAGAUUCUGCAGGAGUAUCCAGAGGAGGUGGAGCACAUCUUCAUCCCGUCCUGCGUGGUGUUGACGCGCUGCGCCGGCUACUGCAACGAUGAGAUGCUGCAGUGCAUGCCGACAUCCACCUAUAACAUUACAAUGGAGAUUAAAAGAGUAAAACACCACAUGCAACAAAAUGAUAUUUUCAUGAGUUUUACAGAACACAGCGCAUGUGAGUGUAGGUUAAAGCAAGAAGUGAAAGAACAGAAAGAAAAACAACCCCGGAAAGGCAAGGGUAAAGGCCAAAAGAGAACGCGAAAGAAAAACCGCGACAAAACAAUUCACGACGCUGUUUGUGAGCCAUGUUGCGAUCACUGCUCAGAGAGGAGAAAGCGUUUGUUCGUGCAAGACCCCGCAACCUGCCGGUGCUCCUGCAAACACACGGACGAAUACUGCAAAGAACGCCAACUAGAGCUCAACGAGAGGACCUGCAAAUGUGACAAGCCACGGAGAUGAGAGAGGUGGGAUCACCAGAUGUACAAGAUGAAGGAAUAUUCUUGAGAUAUUUCACAGCACAGCACUUUGACCUUUGAACCGUAAGCUCUUCUUUUCUGUGGAAAGCAUUCCCCUUGGACUGGCUGAGAGAGAACACAUAGAAAGACUGAACUGAAGUCUCCUCCCACUGUAUAUUUCUGUGUAUAUAGACCACGACAAGAGAAAAAAAGAGUACAGAAUUGUUAUGCUGCUACAGAAACGAAUAACUAAACCCAUCAUUUGACAAAACGCAAAUAUCCGCCAUGUGGUUUUGCAUUUCUAACAGGCUUGCAGUGCAGGUGUACUCUUGUUGUCAAUUUGUUGUAUGCAAAUUUCUUCACUGGAUAUGAGUCUACUGUGGUUGUGUGUCAAUCAAAAGUUGCAAAACCUCUUAAUCUAAGAUAUAUUUAACUGCUAAAACAGUGGGCGAGGCCGAAGAAGACACGGACCUGGCCUCCUUUCAAUUAUGAUGGACCGAUCUCUGUCAGCCAGUGUCUACUUUUGCUUUUGGACUACAACAGGAAGACACUGCGACAGCUGAUGGAAAUGUUGAAUCUGUGUCUUCUUGAUAUCGCUUCCUUUCCUCUGAGGACAAUGCAGGACUGAUGUGGACAAAUACAGUAUUUUUCACUAUUAUGAUCAGCUCGCAGGAGAAAAGACUCUGGAGUGCCAUACACUUUUAAAGGGAUACUGGUCAUCAAUAAUAGCAUUCAAUGUUUUGCUAUGUUCUUCAUGAAAACCACUGAAAACAUCCUAUACUGUAGAUUCCAUUUUGAAAAACUGUGCCUGACGAAAUGUACUGAGAAAUCUUUCGAGUGCUUUUUAAAUUAUUUUUUUUGGAGAGGGGAUUGUAGUUUUAUUAGUUGUUGAGCUCAACACAAAAUCUAUUGAUUACAUAUCUUCUUCUCUGAACUUGUACAUACUUAAUAUCCCUUUAUGCCAUAGUCCAUUCUAGAUAAUUUAUAAUAUUAUAGAGUAUUUUUCAGUAUUCAGUCUUCUACCCAUAUUUAAUUUGGUCUAUUUAUAUAUGCAGUGUUAUGUACCUGUGGCUGUCCUAUCUCCCCCAUUUGUAAGGUCACUGAUGGCUGCUCUCAGCAUGGAGGUUCUCUGUGCUUUUCUACAAAAAAAAGAAAAAAAUCAAAAAUGAUUUGUUAACAUUCCCUUAAUGGAUCACUUGUUUUGAUGUACUGAUGACAUCUCUGGAUUUUCAACCCCUCUUGUCUACGGGCGUGGGUGUUGUGUAGAAUUUUAACAUAUCGGUGUGUCUGUGUAUGUUUGUGUAUGAAUGUGUCCACGUGCAUUCGCUGACUAGCACAUCGGUGUUUAGGUGUUAGUAAGUUGUAUUUAUGUAUUUAAGUAUGUAGCGGACCUUUGUGUGUCGUCCGUCCUGCAAGAUGCAAAUACAAAUAAACUACUGCUAGCAGCUCAGCAUACACUACUACAACACAAAUUUGGAUAACAAUCAGCCAUCAGUCUUAGCGCCCUCAUUAGUUCUCUUUGUCUCUUCUUCACUAUUAACAUGUUUUCUGUGUCUAUGUAAAACAGUAAAGCAUAUUUAUUUUCAAAUUAUAUUGUUUUUAUAUAAAAUAAGGAAAAGGUU